AUGGUAUCGUCAAUGCAUAAUUCAAAUCAAUCCAACGAUGAAACAUCCAACAUGAAAAACAAAGACUCGUCAUCCAUUACAAAUUUUUGGACUCCCUUGUUUCGAAAAAUUCAACACUGGAGCGGAAUUGCCUUCUCCGUAUUCACAUCCAUGCAUGUGGCCACAACAGUUUCAGCAGCUCUUUCUCCUCAAACCUAUGAUCAAGUAUUGGAAUCGACACGAGCAUGGUAUCGUCCUUCCAAGACUGUUGAAGGUUUAGUCGUGAUGAGUCCUCUCAUUGUUCACUUGUUGGCAAAUUCUUACUUUUUCUAUUUGAACUAUUUUCCUCCCAAGUCAUUGAUGAAAAAUGUUGAAACUCAAGAAUUGGAGAAGAGAAAUAUUCAAAGAAAUUCCAAUAUGGAAACAUUAGUAGUGAAAAAACCCUCCAUUUCGAUUUGGAAAAGACUUCAUCAAUAUUCGGGAUAUAUUCUCUCCGUACUCAUUCCUGGUCAUAUUUAUGGAGUGAGAUUUGCAAAUUCGUAUCAACAAGAAUUUGCUGCGUUGAGACACUUCUUAGAGAAGGGAGUGGGUCAUUUCAUUGGAAUGUCUUACUUUGGAAUUCUAAUGACUACUGGUGUCUAUCACAUGCUGUUUGGAUUGAAUACUGCUCUGGGAUAUAAGGUAAAAAGACCCUUCCUUUUGGGAGGAAUUGUGGCAAUGUUGGCCGCUGCUUAUUUUGGAUUGUUAGGAAUUGGAGGUUACUUGUAUCCAGUUGAUGCUAUGCGAGAAAAAUUUCACAAAUUCGAUUAA